AUGAAGAAAGCACAAGAAAAUGCUCUGCAUAUUAGUAUAGUUUUUGUAUCAUCUGAUUUCGAUGAUCCAUCAGUCAAUGAAUAUCGUUCAAAAAUGUCUUGGCCUGCUGUUCCGUUUCAUUCAGUUCAUCUUAUCAAUACAUAUUUUCAAUCUUCUUGCAUUCCAAGAUUGUUCAUUCUUCCAUCAGAUGGAAAAACUUUAUCACGUCGUGGUGUUGAUGAUGUUUCACGUAAAGGAGUACAAUCUUUGAAAACAUGGACACAGCGAGAAACGUUGCCUCCUCCUACAGAAGAGGAUUUUCUACGGGAAGAUGUCACAUGUCAUGGAUGUAGCGUCAGUUGUAUUAAUGGUCAAAGAUAUCAUUGUGCUACGUGUGAUAAUUAUGAUCUAUGCUCGGUUUGUGGAAAAAAAGGACAUGAACAUCCACUUGAACUUGUACCACAACUGAUUGAAAUCCUAGAGAAACGAUUUGUAUAUAUUCAUCAAUGA